CCCUACCCUCUCACACACACACCAGGCUCCCAUCUCUGCACUGAGGACACCCCAGGGUGUGUGUGAGAGAGACAGAGCUAACGUUUGGUGCUGGAUCUUAUAUACCUAUUAUCCCUGACUCAAAGAACGAGCCACAUUUAGCCUUUCCUCCACACCUCACUGGGAAGAAAUCAUGACAGGCGCAGCAACCAACAUGCGGCUGAAGCUGCCGAUCAUCUGCUUCAUCCUGGAGAUCAUCCUCAUCAUCCUCUUCGGCGUGUUGGUGGAGUAUGACGAGGAUACGGACGCAAGGAAGUGGCAUAGUCACAACCACUCGGAGUAUGACAACGAGUUCUACUACCGCUACCCAAGUUUCCAGGAUGUGCAUGUGAUGAUCUUCAUCGGUUUCGGCUUCCUCAUGACCUUCUUGCAGCGCUAUGGCUUUAGCAGUGUGGGCUUCAACUUCCUGAUCGCGGCCUUCUCCCUACAGUGGGCCACACUCAUGCAGGGCUUCUUUCAUGGUCUGCAUGGAGGCAAGAUCCAUAUCGGGGUGGAGAGUAUGAUCAAUGCUGAUUUCUGCACCGGCUCUGUGCUCAUCUCAUUUGGAGCCGUUUUGGGUAAAACCAGCCCUGUCCAGCUGCUGGUCAUGGCAAUGUUCGAGGUCACACUGUUUGCUGUGAAUGAGUUCAUCCUGCUGACUAUUUUGGGGGCCAAGGAUGCUGGGGGCUCCAUGACCAUCCACACGUUCGGAGCCUAUUUCGGUCUCAUGGUGACCAGAAUCCUGUACCGGCCCCACCUGGAUAAGAGCAAACACAAGAACUGCUCAGUCUACCAUUCUGACCUGUUUGCCAUGAUCGGUACCAUCUACCUGUGGAUGUUCUGGCCCAGCUUCAACUCUGCCAUCACAGCUCAUGGAGACGACCAGCACCGCACAGCCAUGAACACCUACUACUCCCUGGCAGCCUGCACUCUGUCCACCUACGGCAUGUCCGCCCUCACAGCACACGAUGGAAAGCUGGACAUGUCGGGGGCAGGAGGUCCACGCCUCGAUCACAUCCUACAUGCAGUCCUCUGUCACAUGCCGUCAUUGUCAUGUUGA